CUCUACGACUUUUAUUUAACCGGCGGUUCCCCACCGGCGGUCACAGUCACUGCUUCUUAUAUAUAUAUCAAAAAGUUGAAGCCAAAUUCAAACAAAAUUUAGUCUUUGCACACCAAAAAGUUUCACAGAAAACCCCUCUUCAUACUUUCAUUUCUAACCUGUUAAUUUCAAGAAGAAGACGAAUUUAGUUUACUGUUUGUUUUGUGAUAUAAAAAGUAGUGGACUUUUAUCAUGGUAGCUGGAGCUGAAGUUAUGGUACCAGUACAACAGACCAUCACUGUUUUGGAUGUCCCCUGUUGUUCUGAUGUGGUUUCUAAUUCACCAGAUAAUACAAUUUUGCAAUUUGUUCCUAGCAUUCGCUCAGGUAGCUUUGCAGAUAUUGGCCCACGGAGGUUCAUGGAAGAUGAGCAUAUAAGGAUAGAUGAUCUUUCUGCACAUCAAGGCUCCCUCGUCAGGUUCCCUAAGCCUUGUGCCUUCUAUGGGGUGUUUGAUGGUCAUGGAGGACCUGAGGCAGCAGCUUAUGUGAGGAAGCAUGUACUCCGAUUCCUUUUUGAGGAAACCAAUUUCCCUCAGACAUCAAAAGUUGAUGACACAUUUUUAAAAGAGGUGAAAAAUUCUGUAAGAGAAGGGUUUCUUCUCGCUGACCUUGCUUUGGCUGAUGAGUGUAGUGUGAGUAGUUCUUCUGGAACUACUGCACUGACAGUGCUGAUAUUGGGAAGGCUUUUAAUGGUGGCGAAUGUGGGAGACUGUCGUGCAGUCCUUUGCCACAAGGGAGAGGCAGUUAAUAUGUCUCAAGACCAUAGACCUAAUUGUGCAUCGGAGAGAAGACGUGUUGAAGAGUUGGGUGGAUUUAUUGAUGAUGGCUAUCUCAAUGGUGUCCUGUCAGUGACUAGGGCAUUGGGGGACUGGGACAUGAAGCUGCCUCGUGGCUCUGCCUCUUCUCUGAUUGCGGAGCCUGAAUUCCGACAGAUCAUCUUGACAGAGGAUGAUGAAUUCCUUAUAAUUGGUUGUGACGGGAUCUGGGAUGUUAUGUCAAGUCAACAAGCCGUUAAUCUUGUACGUCGUGGUCUGAGACGGCAUGAUGAUCCUGAACAGUGUGCCAAAGACCUUGUCAUGGAGGCCCUGCGUCUCAGUACCUUCGACAAUCUUACUGUGGUAAUUGUGUGCUUAGCUUCCCUUGAUCAUCCAGAACCAUCACAGUCACGACAAAGGCGUUUAAGAUGCUGCAGCUUCUCAGCAGAAGCCUUGUGCAGCUUACAGAGUUGGUUGGACAACAGUGGAAGCCGUUGAGUUUAGAGGAUUCUUCCUCUGUGGUUCGUUCCAAUGCUUUUUUCUUUCUUUCUGCUCUUUUUAGGUGGGUUUUCUGUUCAUGCAAUUGAAGAGGAUGUGCUCAGUUUGAUGGUUUUUUGUUGUAUCGGAAUUCUCGGGUAUCUCAUUUUAUUAGCUGUACAUAACAGACUGAUUUCGAACUUUACUCAAUUCGCCAUUGAAACAUUAUUGUUCUGGUCCGUUCAGUGUACAUAUGAUCGAUCAUUCAAUAUGAAUGUUUCUCUCUUUAAAGGAAGAAAUAGUUGUUAUUGGUCAUUAA